GCAGCAGCAGCAGCUCUCAUCGUCUGUGUUUUUACUGCUGAUUUUUGCUCCUCUGGCUGUAAUUAAUGGAUACAAAUAAAACUACUCUUCAGUACAGACAGUGUCUCAUAUGAAAAGUGAAAGCAGAAGCAGCAGAGUCCAGCUGAUGGCCGAGCGAGCUACGGUGGCAGAGAUGGUUUGGCUGUCAUGACUGCUCUCAUUUGGCUGCUCACAUGGCUGCCUCAGGUCCUGUCAGCUAUGAGUGAACUCCUGCCGCCGGUGAACGUCACUCUGACCUCCAAAGAGUUAAUUCACCUGCUGAGAUGGUUGCCUGCACCGGGUACACCUGCAGGAGUGUACUACCAUGUGGCCUCCUGUCUAAACACGGGGACACAGUUGCUGCCAGUGACUGGCUGCGAGCGAGUCCAGCACCCACUGGUUUGCAACCUGACGGAUGCGUUCUCCAACCCCACACUGAUCUAUCUGACCCGGAUUACAACACGACUGGACACACAGCCGGCCUCGAAACCAUUUGACUACAAAAAAUUUGAACCCAUCGAAGACACUGAACUCUACCCGCCGCGGCUCAACGUGACGCCCUGCGGUAAAGGUCUGUGCGUGGAACUCCAGCCUCACACAGAGCACCUGAGAUACAUCUACAAGUCACGCAGUUACCGACUCAGAAUCAGGAGCAACAACACAGAUAAAGGCCAGUUCUUUAGAGACACAAAGGGUCUGGAGGGGCUGAAUCUGACGGACCUGGCUCCAGGCAGACAGUACUGCGUCUCCGUCUGCUUCCCUAAAAAGUGCAACUACAGCCGGCCUCAGUGUGCCUUCACCCACGGCGUCUUCAAUACAGACGUGCUGAUCUCUGCUCUGAGCUCUACUGUGACAUGUUUGCUGGUGAUGUCCGUUGUGGUCGUACUGGUGCUGCGGUUCCAAGCUGGUUUCAUGUGUCUGAAAUGGAGACCGAUGCCACAAGUUCUGACGUCCAUCCAGCACAUCCAGGAGGACCUGGCCCAGCCUUCACACUUGUCUUCCCUCUUAUAUGUUACGUUAACACUGCCCUCUGCAGGCACAAAGAGGAACAGUCAGACAUCAUCAGACGACAGCGAUGGAGAGAGUGAAACAGAGAGCACAGCUGCGAGCACGGGAGCAGGUUAUAAACUGCGGGCAGGCAACAAACCCCUCUCUGCCUUCACUACAUCUUCAUCAUCUUCAUCAGCACCUUUAUCUCCUGACCCUGUAGUGCCACACAGCUAUUCCUCAAAGCCCGACGCCGUGUUUCUUCCACCGGGCUUCUUCAGUCCUCAACCUGAAGCCUCAACAUCGGGAUCCAGACUGAACCAAACCGGGACCGCAAACACGACCUCGCCCCCUGCUCCAGUCCUCAACCCUGCAGGUCCGGACAGUCCCACGGAAGAGGGGCGGCCGGUGGGAGACGGGGACUGCCAGGUGGUGAACCUCUUCUCGUUAACUUUCGGCAGACGAGAGGAGAAAGAGGAGGAGAAAUCCCAUCCUGACAUUUCGGAGGUUGAGCCAGAGUCUCCCUCCACCAUCCUAAUCCUGCCCUCACACACUUUGGACACUAAGGAAGUUACCAUAGAAACAGUUUCCUGCUUGGUUGUCGAGGAGGAAGAAGACGAAGAUGAGCUGUCUCCUUAUAUGAGGCGUCCGGACAAAGUCGUCUUACGGAACUUGAUAUAGAAGUCUUUACAGAUGGAAGCUGCUCACUUUUUGUGUCUUUUUAUACUUUUUUGUUGUUGUUGUUGUUGUUGUUGGAACAGAGAAGCUGUGAAGCUGUUGUCAUGUGAAGCAGCAGCCGUCAUUUCCACCCAAAACCACAAGAAGUACAAACAGAUUCAUUCUCUUCAACGGCGUCAUUACAUUCAGAGAUUCAACUCAGCGGCUCCUCCACUAAUACAUCAAAUCAUCUACAACAACACGUCAGUUUAAGUGAUACAAAAUCUACAAGCCUCAUUUUAUGCUUAUGAUGCAUAUAUGCUAAUAUGAGGCUUCAACUCUCCAAAUGAGUCAAAUCAUGUAGAUCAGGGGUGUCUUUCUUGGUGAUGGUGAUGUAUUUCUUUUUUUUUUGUCAUUGUAAAUUUGACGAAAUGUACAAGCCUCAUCAGAAACUAAUAUGAGGCUCCAGCUGUUCAAAUUAGUAAAAUCAUGUAGAUAUAUCCUCCUUUUUUUGUUAAUAUCCCUCCACUGUAGCUCAACAAGGAAACAAAGUGGGAAAUUUAUACUAAAAUAACUUUGAUUAACUUUGGUAGAUAUCCACUUGAUUUGACUCAUUGGACAACUGAA